AUGGCCAGUCAUGAGAAAAGAGAUUUGGAUAUUAAGGAAGAUGAAAUUAAUAUUUAUUCCCAUAAUACGCCACUAGCAGGGCAAGAAGAGGCUUUGAGUAUUACUGAGACGAAAAGUAAUGAACCAAUUUCCGAGACAAUUGUGUCAAUAACGGAAGAUACCACUCAAAUAAUUAAAAAUAUCACACUUGAUAUUAAAAUUCAUGCAACUCUGGAAGUUAAUGACAUUGUGCUUGAUGUAACAAAUAAUGAGGUAGUUCAAAUAAAGAAGAGCUAUAGUGAAGAUGUAACAAAUGAAAUUAUGAAACAUGAAGAUAAAACAGCAGAAAGUAAUUCCCAAGUUGCAGAUAAUGAGGAUGAUCAUCAAAUGAAUAAUGAGAAUUAUUAUGACGAAGAAAAGAGGAACUCUAGAGAUUGUACUCAGUUACAAGACCUAUAUGAUAUUAGAGAAUGUUUACACUGUGGAAAAUUUGGAAGUCAUAAUUGCGAUAUGUCAUUAAGGAAGAAAGAAAAUGAAGAGAGUCAUGAACUGAUGGUUUUGCGUAUCGCACCGAACGCUAAUUUCACACUCAAUGAAAGAGCGUUUCCAAGACAAUGUACCAAAUGUGGAAGGCGUAAUCAUUAUACUUCUGACUGCCGUGGACCUAAAAAACGAAAAUAUGACGAUGCAGCAGCCGUAGAGAGACGUCUUUCGAGAAAUUGA